GCGGUCAGCCAGGUGAACGGCAGCGAACACAGCCCCUCUCGCAUAAAAAAAAACAAAUAAAAAUUAAUAAGAGAAAAACUGGAAAAACCAUUGAAGAUUUCUGUGGAUUAUUUUGGCAGAUAUUUUUGGAGACCCAGAAAAGGUUGAGAGACAAGUGGUGAUAUAUCCCCGAGAGAUCAGCGAAACCUUCAAGAUGAAAAGCGCCAAGCGCUGGCUGUUCAUGACAGCAACAGUGCUGCUGCUGAGCCUACUGGCCUGCUCAGAGGCUGCCCUGCCCUUCAAAAAGGUCUCCAUUGCCAAGACACCCGCCUUCACGAGCAGCACCACCACCACCAGCACCAGUACAACCACAGAGGACACACCCGUCGAGGAGGAGGACACCCCGGUGCCCAGUGGCGAGGGCGGCAGCAGCGACGUUCCCAAGGCGGAAAAUAACACUCGUACGUCGACAAAGAACUCCAAACUGACGGGCAUUCCACAAAUCGAUUACAUCUGGGAUCCGAAUCUUCCCAGGGAAUUGAAUGGGUACAAUCUUUCGACUUAUCCCUUCCUUUCGACGGUGCCGCCCAUGGAUGAGAUUCACUUCAAGUGCGAGGGCCUCCACGAUGGUUUCUAUGCCUCCAUUGAGUACAAAUGUCAGAUCUACCAUCAUUGCGUCUAUGGGAUACGGCACGAUUUUCUGUGCGCCAAUUUCACGGCGUUCGAUCAGCGGACAUUCAUCUGUCACUUUGCCUCCGAUGUAGACUGUGAGGGAUCCCAAAAGUACUGGAACAGGAACGAUGCACUCUAUAUGGCUACCACCACCACAUCCACGACUACCACAACCAUUGCACCGCCACCCACGCAACCGGCAGCACCGCGUCGUCGUCUGCAGAGACCACAGCGACCCCUGAGGCGGCCGUACAACCGGAGACCCAUCGAUGACUACUACUACGAUGAGGAGGAUCAGUACGAGGACGAGUACUACGAGCGACCGACGCGCAGGCACAAGACCAGACCGCGUCAUCGCAAGCCCCAGGUGGAGGUGGACUACGAGGACGAGUACGAGGAGAAGCGGGUCGAGGCCGAAAAGCCGGCAAGACGCAACCGAAAUCGGUACAGGGAUGAGGAAGAUUCCCUGGACGAGGACUACGAGGAGCGGCCGGCAAUCAGAAGAGGAAAACCAACGCCGGGACCAGCUGGAAGGAAGGUGUCGCCGCCUCGCAAGCCCGGUCGAGCGGAGGAGCGACGCAGCUUCAAUGAGGACCGGCCCCUGGCCAGGCGUCGCAGCAACGAGAGGCGUACCACGCCGUCAUCCGCCAUCGACGAUCUCGAUGAGUACGAGAAGCCCUACGGGGGCACGGACCAGGAGGAGGCUGCCGAGGAGCAGACGCCGCAGAAGGUGAAGACCACACCGAAACCUCUCACGGAAUAUAUCACUCCCAAAGCGGCCACCGCCUCUGUGUAUGCCCGUCCCAGGGCUCCGCCGAAGAUCGCCCGCCCAGUGCCCAUCACCGAGAAAAAGAAGUACUCCUAUCCGGUGCAGAAAAACACGGCCACCGCCCAGCCGCCGUCUGGGAAUGGGCAGGAGGAGGAGGACUACUCCCAGGAGCAGGCGCAGGAGGAUGACUACGAGCAACCACCACCGCCACCGCCGGCCAGGAACAUUCCCCGACGACGCACUGCAGCGCCCAGGGCCGAGCAAAAGCCCACACGAACCACGCUGCGGAAGCCCGUGACGGACAAGAAGCCGCUCGAGGAGGAUUACGAUGAGCCGGCCGAGCAGCCGGAGCCACCGCGCAAGCGGAAGCGUCCACUGGCUCCCCGAUCCCGCGCCCCAGCAGCCGAUGUGGACUUCGAUGACGAGGACUACGAGGAGAGCCUAGCGCCUGCGCCAGUGGCAACAGCAGCUCCAGCACGUGGCAUCCUGAGGAGUCGCUCCAAGGCAACGACCACAAGAAAGCCAAUAGCGCCUCGACCCCGGCAGCCCAUCGUCGAGGAGGAGGACACGGCUGAGCCCAUCAUCAGCGAGGAGGAGGCGCCCGCAUCCGCGAUUGCGCCCAGAACGAGAGCAAAUUCCCUGAGCGGAAGGACGGCACCUGGCAAACCACAGCGCCCCCCAUCGGUACGUGUGGUCAAGCGACCCUUCCUGCCCUCCCGGGGCGGAAGCCCCUAUCUGCCGCGCGGCCUUCAGCCGGUGGGCGUGGCCCUGAAGCCAGUGCCGCCAGUGACGACAGACAGCACGCCCAUCGACAUGGGUUCGACCAUCUCGGGGGUGCGUUUGCUGGAGCACGGGGCACCGCUGCUGCGAGGACGGCCCGACAGCAGCGAAGACGAGGUGGAGGAGGAGGAGGAGGACGACGAUGAGGGGGCGCCUCCGUCUCCGAGUCCGCCACGUACCACGCUGCCGCCUCGCAGCGCCCUGCCGGCCACGCCCAAGCAGCAGCAGCAGCAACAGCCGCCGAAACUGAAUCUCGACGAGCUCUACGAGAACGACUACGAUGUCACGCUGAACGAUGCGCUCGAUCCCACGCUUAAGCCGCUCUCGCCAUUGCCACAGCAUCAGAUUCAGAUUCAGCAUUCGCAUCCGCUUCCGUAUCAGCCACAGCAACAGCAACAGCCGCAGGGUCGUCCCUAUGCCAGUGCCUAUGCAGCUCCUACUGGUGGCAGCUCCGCCUCAUCCGCCUACAAUCCAUUCGCCUAUCAGCAACAGUAUCAGCAUCCGAAUCAUCCGCAGCAUUCGCAGCAAUCAUCAACAUCCGCUUCAGCUUCAGCAUCAGCAUCCGCAUCAGCUCAAUCCCAAACGCAAUCGCAGCCAGCGAGCUACCAUAGUGAUUCCUAUUUCUCAUCGACAGAUAUACGCCGGCGGGCUAUUGUCCCGUCGCAAGCCGCGCGUCCACAUCGACACGAAUACGCUGCUCCCAGAGGACCAGCCGCCGGAGGAGCUGGACCAGGCGCCGGCCCAGGAGUGAGUCAUCACCAUCAAAUGGGCGGACGGAUUGCCCAGCAUUUUUACGAUGACUUUGCCUAUUGAAUGCGGGAUACGAACGAGGUCUGUGUGUGUGUGUGUGUGUAAUAAGUUUCUUAAGCUGUAAAUAAGUUUCCCCCAACCCCAAGAGCACCCAAGAGAACCCAAGAGAACCCAAGAGACCCCAACCAACCCCAAUUGAAGAGGAGUGGAAGGAUUCGUGUCCCCUACUUUAGUCUACUCGUAAUUCCCAUAAGGUUAAGAGAAGAACUUAACUCCUUACUUAUAAUGCCUAUAUGAUACAUUUUAUAAUACUCAAUUGUCGUGAUAGUAGCCGGGACAAAACACGUUUGCGCAUUUGUCUGUCUAACUCUAUAUCUGUUGUCAGUAUCCUAACAUCCUUCAACAGCCUCCCAUCAACUAGAGACAAGCAGCAUUCAGCAGCAGGAAGCAAGACCAGCAGAACAGCGGCGCGGCCAAUGAUGUCCUUAAUGUACAUUUAGUGAGAAAAGCAAUUUACUUAAAUUCCUAAUUUAAAUUCUGUAAUAUUUGUAAGCUUUGUCCAGAGAGAACUUAAGUCCGAGUGCUUAACAACUAAAUAAUAAAAACACAAAUGGAAAACACUCA